AAUAGAUUCUCCGCCUCUGUCUCCGCCCCCGCCAGCAAAAAACAAUCGCCUCCGCCGCCGCGCCGAUUCAUUAACAUAAAUAAAGGAGAUACUUUCAGUCUCUCUAAUGGCAUCCUCUGCUUGCUCUAGCUUCCACAUCUGUUCUCUCGCACGCCAUUCCCAAUGCCUCCCAACUCUACCUCCUCCUACCCCCUCCGCCGCCGCCAAUGGACCUUCCCCCUUCACCAAACUGAAAACAUUGCACUCAAACAGAAUUACGUUUCUUCCUAUCAAAUUCUCAUUAUCUCCAAUUACCGCAAAUCGCUCGUCGGCCUUCGCCACAGCGGCGGCGGCAAGGAGCGGCGGCAGCGGAAGUGGCCAAAUCGAUAAGAAAGAAGAGAGCAUGGAAGAGGAUGUAGAGGAGGAACUGCCGUGGAUACAAGAGAAGGCAUUGGACAUGGUUGAAUUCACCAGUUCCGUCACUCAGGCGAUCCCCGGGCCUCGCGUUGGUCGGAGCUCUUUGCCGUGGAUUCUAGCUGUGCCGUUGGCUUACUUUGGCGUCACUUUUGUUAUUGCCUUCGUUAAGACCGUCAGGAAGAUGAACUCCCCUAGAGCAAAGCGUCUCAAAUUGGUUAACAAAAAUGUUUUUCUAUGCAAAUCAAUCGAUGAGCUGUUUGAGAAAGGACGACAGCACCUUGAUAAUUCAGAGUUGGAAAAAUUGAUGCAAAAGACAAAUUUUGAUAUGGAGAGUAUUUUGCGCAAAUACAUUCGAUAUGCUUUAAAUGAGAAGCCAUUUAACCCAGAUUUGGUACCUGAUCUAAUUCAACUUAGGAAGGCCUCACAAUUAAAUGAUUUUCAAGUAGCUGGAGUUCUGAAUGAAAUCUCAAGACGUAUUGUGAAAGACAAAGGUCCUGUUGUCAUGGACAUGUCAGGCUAUUCUGAGAAGGGCUUCAAGAGAAAACUUGCAGUGCAAACUCUAUUUGGAAAGGUUUAUUAUUUGUCAGAGUUGCCAGAGUUUUGCUCAAGGGAUAGCUCCUUAACUGUUAAAGAACUUUUUGGGGUAGCAGACGAGGAUGCCGAAAAGCUUAGACUGCACACUAUCCCAGACGCUGGGGACGUGGGAUCAUUGGAAAAGAUGAUCGAUGGCUCUGAUUCGGAAGAUUCAACAGAUGAGCCUUCUAAUGCUUCCUGAUUGCUGUAAAUAUUGUUGCCAGAGAACAUUGUGGUUCAUGGCAAGUGGUUGGGGUGACGAAGUGAUGGAGUGAAGUGUAAACCUCCUCUCUUUUUUUUUUUGAAGGCAACAUGAAAUUCAUUAUUAAAUGAAAAGAUGAGGAGCAAAGUCCAUGGGAGAUGAAGUCCACAAGGAGGGCUGAGUGCCUGCUCUAUGUCCGAGCUUAUGAGCGAUACAAUUAGCUUUCCGAGGAACAUGGGAAAUCAUGAAGGAAAGAAACUCGACUAUAAUAGCCUUAUGGUUUGUUUGGUACACGGAAUUAAAAAAUUAUGGAAUUGGAAUUGGAGAUAAUAAAUUCAAUUUUGUUGUUUGGUAACAUAAGAAUGUGGAUUUGGAAUUGGUAGUGCCAAAAAUGUAUUGAAAUUAGAGAAUUCACUUUCAUCUAAAUCAAUUCCACAAAAUUUC